AAAAAGACGGCGAAGAAACCCUAGCUUCCCAUCCCCCAUGGCUUCGCACAUCGACUUCCGCUACCUCGAUGAGGGCCUCGGCGGCGCGCGCGGCAAGCGCAAGCGCCGGGAGGAGGAGGAGGCGGCCGCCGAGUCCAUGGACGUCGACGCCGAGGUCCCCCGUCCAUCCAAGCUCCGCGCCGUCCCCUCCCUCUCCGACCCUUCCAAGCCGGCCGGCUUCGGGCAGCCCACCUACGACGGCGUCAUCGCCGGGCGCGUCUCGGGGCGGAACUGGAAGGAGCCCCGCACGCGCCGCUCGUCCGCGCUGAUGGUCUCCCGGAAGCCCGUCCCGCUGGAGCAGCGCGUGCGCGACAAGUCCCUGAAGAAGGCGUACCAGGCGCGCAAGGCGGAGCUCAAGGAGGAGAUCCGCCAGAACAAGGCCGCCAAGCGCACCAAGCGCCAGGAGCGGGAGAAGCUCAAGAAGGAGAACGUCCUGCGCACGGGCUCCAAGCUACAGAAGGUGACCAACCCCAAGACCAUCCAGAAGAUUGCCAAGUCCAAGAAGCGCCACCAGCUCAAGGUCGUCUCCGACGAGAUCUUCGGCAAGAAGAAGUCGGAGGACGCCCGCCGUAUGCAGGUGCCUGGCUUGGAGAACUGAGUACCGUUCAUGUGAUCCGUGAUGUACUGGGCAUUU